CCCAAAACAGUAACCAGUAUUUGCCGAAUGAUGAACGAACGAGUAACUACAGCAUAGCCCCACUUGCCUGCACACUUGCUCUUCUCAUCAGACCUUUGACAUUGCAAUUCCGAGCUCUCACCUUCAGUCACGGUGCCCGGGAACCGUAUCCCUCAGGCUCGCCGGCCUGACCAGUUAGACAUUCAGGGCAGCUGAACCCCGCUCUGCCUGCCUUUUUCCUCCCCAUCUUCUGCCUUCCUGAAGUGACACUGAGAGGGGCAGCGUGGGCGGGGGCAUGCUCUAGGACCUCAGGCGAUCCCAGUUCAUCCUCAUAGAAACAUCGUGGCCCAUAGAACGGGCACCACGUGGCCACUAGCGAGGACGAGAAACACCUACAUCCACGAACCCGGGAAGAUGCUUCCACUUCCAGGCGGGAUGGCCGGCCACCCCACAGCUCACUUGGGCAGCAAACUUGCCCACGCCCACUUCACCACGGGAACGCAAUCCACAGGCGGCUGCAAGUUCGUGAUGUAAUUACCGGAGUGUGUGGCAAACUUAGCAGGCGGCGAGGGGAGGCGUUCUCACCCCAGCGAGAGGGGUGGUCCUGGGGUCUUCAAAGGGUCGCACAGGCAGGGCCUGCGGGGCCUCCAGGUGGGCACACUUCAGGCCUGCGUGAGAAGGGCGGCGGCUCCCUGUGGCUGCUUAUAAGAGCCUCCUGGCCGCUGCUCCGGGAGGGCAGACGGGGACGCAGCGGAGGUGGGAGGGCCGGCUCGGAGCGGCCAUGCUCGCGGCCUCCAUCUUGCGUUCGAGCCUGCUGCUCGGCUGCCUCGCCGCCCCGCAGCCCGCGAGGCCUGAGACCCUCUUCCACAGCCGGGACCGCUCGGACCUCGCGCCGCCCCUCCUGCGCCGGGCCACGCCCAUCGCCGACCUCUCCGCAGCGCAGCGGUUCCUGUCCAAAUACGGCUGGGCAGAGGCGCCCCCGGGGGCGGGGUCCGUGGCCCGAGGGUCCCGGGGUCCCCACCCCGACCGGCCUGAUGAGGGCCCCCCAGGUGCUGCCCUGGCUGAGGCACUGCGCAAGUUCCAAAAGGUCAACGCACUGCCGGCGAGCGGGGAGCUGGACGCGGCGACGCUGGCGACCAUGAACCGGCCUCGCUGCGGCGUCCCCGACCCUCGGUCCCAGCUGAUGGCCACGAGCACCGCACCCCGGACCCCGCCAAGCCUCCCGGGCCGGCGCCCCAGGGCCCGCCCGAAGCGCUUCCUGCAGACUCUGCUCCCAGGGCCCCGCCGGCAGCCCAAAGGCUCCCCGCAGGGUGGGGGCACCCGGGCCUUCGCUAAAAAGACGCUGACCUGGAGGUUGGUGGGGGAGGGCUACAGCAGCCAGCUCUCCGUGGAGGACCAGAGGUACAUCUUCAGACUGGCCUUCAGGAUGUGGAGCGAGGUGAUACCACUGGACUUCCGGGAGGAUCUCACCGCCCCUGGAGCCACGAUUGACAUACAGCUGGGUUUUGGACGAGGCCGGCACCUGGGCUGUCCUCGGGUUUUUGAUGGGAGCGGCCAGGAGUUUGCACAUGCCUGGCGCCUGGGUGACAUUCACUUUGACGACGACGAGCACUUCACACCUCCCACCAGUGACAGAGGCAUCAGCCUUCUCAAAGUGGCCGUCCAUGAAAUUGGCCACGUCCUCGGCUUGCCGCACACCUACAGGACAGGAUCCAUAAUGCAGCCAAACUACAUCCCCCAGGGGCCUGCGUUGGAGUUGGACUGGUCAGACAGGAAAGCCAUUCAAAAGCUGUAUGGUUCAUGUGAAGGCUCAUUUGAUACUGCAUUUGACUGGAUUCGUACAGAGAGAAACCAACAUGGAGAUGUGACGGUGAGAUUUAGCACAUAUUUUUUCCGCAACAGCUGGUACUGGCUUUAUGAAAACCGAAACAACCGGACCCGAUACGGCGACCCCGUCCACAUCCUCGCUGGCUGGCAUGGAGUCCCAGCACAGAGCUUAGAUGCUUUCGUCCACAUUUGGACUUGGACAAGAGAUGAACGUUAUUUUUUUAAAGGAAAUCAGUACUGGAGAUACGACAGUGAGAAGGAUCAGACCCACGCAGAAGACGAACGAGGGAAAAGCUACCCCAAACUGAUUUCAGAGGGGUUUCCUGGGAUCCCAAGUCCCCUGGACACUGCCUAUUAUGACCGCAGGAAGCAGUUCAUUUACUUCUUCAAAGGGUCCUUUGUGUUUGCAUUUGAUGUCAACAGAAAUCAAGUCCUUGGUUCUUAUCCGAAGAAGAUGACGGAAGUCUUCCCAGCGAUAGAGCCACAGAACCACCCUUUCAGAAGCAUAGACUCCGCCUACUACUCGUUCGCACACAAGUCCGUCUUCUUUUUCAAAGGCAGCCUGUACUGGAAAGUGGUGACCGACGCGGACAGACGGCAGCGUCCGUGGCUCCCGUCCAAUGGCGUGUUCCCGAAGCAGCCAAUCUCAGAGAAGUGGUUUGACGUUUGUGACGUCCACGCCUCCACCCUGAAUAUGUAAUGAGAAAAACAGGCAAAUGCAGAGAACCACAGAAUUCUCUUCAAAGAGGAAAAGUCUUGACUUUUAGUAGCAAGCGAAUAGGGCUAAGUUGAAACCCAUAGGAAAAGCAUUACUUGAAUUUUGGGAAGAAAAAAAAAAACAAAUUCUCAGGCAAAAAAAAAAUAACUUACCCAGUAAUUUUACAGAUUUUUAGGAAAGGUUAUGAAACAAGUCCGGAGGAACCCAUCUUUGCUUCCCACUCUCUCCGUUCCUGGGGUGCUCUUUGUUAGAAUCCAGAUGGUCCUGAACUGUUUUCUGGCUUGUCAUAAUUCAUAUGACAUGCUCCUUCCGCUUCAAAGCAGGAAACACUUUGUAUGGCAGUCUAUUUAUGUUCUGAAGACUAGUCUGCCGAAAUAAGUCUCUUGAAGCUAAUUGGGUAACUUUAUUUUUCCUAUUAUCAAUUAUCUCUAGGAUAGACGUUAUGUCCCUUUAACUUUACAUAAUAUAGCUGUGACCUCUAAUUAACACAAACAAAAUCCCCCAAUGUAAUAGGGAAGGAUGUGGACAAAAUUUGGGCACUGAAAUUAAGUGAAAAAGAUUCAGGCCACAAAUACCACAAUUCUUUUAAAGGAACAGCUAAAACACAAGCACUUUAAGAUUUAAAUUAAAAUCAGCAAAAUACAAAAACAUUUUAAAAGCACCUUUCUUUCCUUUGUAGGAACUUUCAUAUUAUUGCUUUGACAAGGGAAGAUAGCGAGAAUUUGUAUCUUCUUGCUUAAAAACAAAUUUCCCUCUUGACUGGAAAGGCUAAGAAAGAAGAGAGGCCAUUAGAUAAAGCAAGCGACUCUCAUAUCCCUAACUCGACCUUAUUUCUACAUAAGUAGAAAAUCCUUUUUGAAUUCCUGAAUCCAGAAUUGGGUGUGUACACAUGUCCAGGUUUAACUGGCAGAGACAGUGUGAGUCGCGUGUGCUUGCCGCAAAGGGAACAGGAUGUCAGCUGUCCUGAGAGGUGACGUUGCUGAUUUUGUACAACUGCUUUAUAAUUUAGUCAAAACUUGAAAUGCUCCAAUGGUUAAUUUUUGAAAAUUGAUACAAAUCUGUCCCAAGGACAAUGCAACUGAACAAGGAAGUAGACAAUGGCAAGAGGUAGGUCUGCCAAGCUGACAGAGAUCAACUCAUUGUCAAGGAAAACAUCUAAAAUCUCAGCGUACGAAAGCAAGGCAUAAAAAUUCAGCUUAAAACAAGUUUAUUCCAGACGAUUUUCUAGCACAGUUGAGAUUCCUUCAAAGAGGGGUGGCUGGAGGGCUGCCAGUCGACAUGAAGGGGCUGCACAGCGAAAAUGCAGACGGCUCUGAAGGAAGUCACCAGCUGCGCCUCAUCCUACGCUCAGGCUCAGGCCCAGGCCAGCGGACAUGGGGGCCCAGCGAGCUUGUCUAUGAAGGUGUCACGCACAUCCAUCCAAACUGUCACCGUGACAGGAAAGAGUGUGCUUGACACAUUACAGUCUCUUGCGGCUGAGACGACGGACUCUGACAAGUACUGCACUGUACACGGGGGCACGGGAACGACAGCAUGUUUGUACGCAACUGGAUAGGAGCCGUGGACCAGCAGCAAGUAAUG